ACGAAUAUUGUGCAUGAAAAUCAAGGUGUUUAUAAACUGAAGCAUCACGGAGGAUCAGUAUCAGUCUACUUUGGAUUUUUAUCAAAGCAACUUUUCCAAACAAACACAAACCAACUACCAAACUAAACAUGUCUCUUGAACGUGCUAUUAAGGCUAAGAUCGCUGGCAAGCGUAACCCCCAGAUGGACAAGGAAGCCCAAGAAUGGAUGGAAGCCAUUAUGGGUGAGAAAUUCCCCGCUGGUGUUGAAUACGAGGAACACCUUAAGGACGGUCAAGUUUUGUGCAAAUUGAUCAACACUUUGUCCCCCAAUGCCGUUCCCAAGGUCAACUCUUCCGGUGGUCAAUUCAAGAUGAUGGAAAACAUCAACAACUUCCAAAAGGCCUUGAAGGCUUAUGGUGUACCCGAUAUUGAUGUAUUCCAAACUGUUGAUUUGUGGGAAAAGAAGGAUAUUGCCACAGUCACCAACACCAUCUUUGCUUUGGGUCGCGCUUGCUACAAGCACCCCGAAUUCCAAGGACCCUUUUUGGGCCCCAAGCCUGCUGAUGAGUGCAAGCGUGACUUCACCGAAGAGCAAUUGAAGGCUGGCCAAACCGUCAUUGGAUUGCAAGCCGGUCAAAACAAGGGUGCCACCCAAGCUGGUCAAAACUUGGGUGCUGGCCGUAAAAUCUUGCUCGGCAAGUAAAUUUAUCAUACCGCCAAUCCCCAAACACUUCAUCUAUCAUUUUAAAACAUUUUUUUACGGUUUUAGUUUAAGUUAAAAAUUAAUUUAAAAACACAUACACUCAUACACACAAACAAACACCUUUUCUUUUCUAUAAAACCACAAAAACACACAAAAUUUAUUAGAAGGAAAUUGUAUUUUUUUUUUAUUAAAAGAGUAAAAGAAAUUUUUUUGUAUUUUAUAUAAAGUAAACAUAAGUUUAUGUUUAAGUUAAAAUAAUAGAAAAAAUAAAGAAACGCGUUUCACAUAAUAGAAAAAAACUAAAA